AUGUCGUCCACCAAGGUGACUACCAACGGGCACGGCUCUGAGAGCCGCGUCGAGCCAGUCAAGGUGUACGAGCUCGUCCUCGAGCAGGAUGGAAGUCCCGACGAGCAGAGGUCCUACAUAAGACUUCCUGCUCCCGUGCAGCCCUACGUCCUCCGCUUCUCCAUCGAAGCUGGCGCUACGGCAUCUAGCGAUGCUUACCUGUGGACCAACUAUUCCAACAAGCGGAGUACAUUUGAGCGUACCUCCUUCGAAAAGACGCCCUUUGCUUCAUCCGCUUCUUCGGCAAAUCGAGUCGACCUCCUCAUCAAAUCGGCCGGUGUCUUCGAGUUCUACGUGGAAUACACCACCGACGAAAACGACAAGGCAGCUGGUGACCUCUUUGAGAGCAAAGAGCAAAAGCCAGCACGCAAGAGGGGCAAGAGCGGUUACUUCAACGUCGAUCCCAUCCUCAACGUAGCGGUGCGUAAGCCCAUCCUUGGCGAUGAUGGAAAAGCUCUUUCCUCCAAGCAGGGUGGCGGUGCUAUCACGGGCAAGGAAGACUUCCUCGCCCUUGACGGCAUCGUCCUCCAGACGCUCAUCUCUAAGUGGGCAGGUCCUCUCGCAGAAUGGAGCGUCCAUCUCGAUUCCGCCCGCGAUGCCGGAUACAACAUGAUUCACUUCCCGCCACUCAAUGUGCGCGGAGCCAGCAACAGCCCUUACUCCAUCGGCGACCAGCACGACUUUUCCAACGAUCUCUACCCGACGCAGAUUCAGGGUCCUGAGCACAAAGCAGAGCGCAUCAAGCAGCUCACGGCAGUGUUGAAAGACAUGAAGUCCAAGCAUGGCCUGCUCAGCAUGAGCGACGUCGUCUGGAAUCACACUGCACACAACAGCGAAUGGCUCAACGACCACCCCGAUGCAGCAUACAGUCCCGCCAAUUCUCCACAUCUUCAGCCUGCCGAUGAACUCGAAAAGGCACUCUUGAAGCUCAACAGUCGCCUGCAGGACUACGGUAUUCCAGAAGAGAUCAAAUCCGAUGCAGACGUCGCCAAGCUCAUCGACGCCGUCAAGCAGCACGCUGUCAGCCCCCUCAACCUCUGGCAGUAUUAUGUCAUUGACGUCAAGGCGGCCAAGGAAAGCUUCGAAGCUGCACUUUCUUCCAGCGAAGCUUCUUCCGCCUCCAAGAAUGCCACCCAGACCAGUCUCAAGGCUGCCGCCGAAAAGAUCCGAGCAUCUGCCGUGCAGAAUGAAUUGACGCUCGCGGGCCGAUUCGCCACCACCAUUGACGUCAAGGAGGCUCUUCGAGUCUUCCGAUCCGAUCUCGGUCUGACCGAUGCUGAGGAAUCGAUCAAUUCCUUUGCCAAGGUCAUCGACGAGGUCAACGCUUCCUACUACUCUACAUACGACGAUGAUGUCAAAGCGAUUCUGAGCAACCUCGAGGGUCGUCUCAAGUUCACAAGACUCGACCCUAACGGCCCACAGCUCGGAAAAAUUUCGCCCAAAAACCCAUUCUUCGAGCCCUACUUCACUAGACUGGAUCCCAAGCACCCUAGCGCAGCUGGUCGCGAUGCCAAGGAGCUCUCUCUCGCCAACAACGGAUGGAUUUGGGCAGCCAACCCACUCGAGGAUUUUGCCUCGAACAAGUCGCGUGUCUACCUCAGACGUGAGCUCAUUGUCUGGGGCGACUGCGUCAAGCUCAGAUACGGGUCCGGUCCGCAAGAUUCGCCGUACCUGUGGAAGCACAUGGAAGAGUACACCAAGCUGCUCGCCUCCAAUUUCGAUGCUAUUCGAAUCGACAACUGCCACUCGACGCCGAUCCACGUCGGAGAGCACUUCCUCGACAUCGCCAGAAGAGUCAACCCAAACCUCUACGUCUGCGCCGAGCUCUUCACAGGUAGCGCCGAGAUGGAUGUGCACUUUGUCAGCCGUCUCGGUAUCAACUCGCUCAUCCGUGAAAUGGAGAACGGUCAUGACCCCAAGGAAGAGAGUCGACUGCUGUACCGAUUCGGUGUCAACAAGCCCAUCGGAUCCAUGGACGGUGCCUGUCUCACCACCGCAGCCAAGAUCUCGUUGCCCGAGGCCAACUUGAAGGACGCCGACUGCCUCGUGGAGCAGCUGAGCGGCUCCAGCCCCCAUGCACUUUUCAUGGACGUGACUCACGACAACGAGACGCCCACAAUGAAGCGCACCACCGAGGAUGCCAUCACGAUGGGUGCUCUCGUCGCCUUCUCGUGGUCCGCCAUCGGAAGCACCAAAGGUUUCGACGAUCUCUACCCCAAGACACUCGACGUGGUGCAGGAGAGUCGUCUCUAUCGUCCGAUCAGCAAUCCAGAGGACAGCGGCAUCGGCUCCAUCAAGCGGGUCGUCAAUCAUUUGCACGUCGAGAUGGUUCGCAGCGGCUACACGGAGGGACACGUCCAUCAGGAAAGUGAUUACCUGCUGAUGCACCGCGUCCAUCCGCAGACGCAUCGCGGGUUUGUCUGCCUCGCGCACACUGCUUUCCACAAAGGCUCCAAGGACCGCGGACAGGCCGGCCCUUUCAAGCUCGAUCGCACGCGCGUCACCUACAUCCUCGGCAAAUCUCUCGAGGUUACCAGCACCGAUGUCGCCAAGGAUGACAAGUAUCUCGAUGGACUUCCUUCCAAGCUCGUCGACCUCGCCGAGCCGGAGGUCCGUGUGACCCAGGACAACGGUCGUCUGCGAUACUCCGAGAUUGUAGUUCCCGACUUCUUCCCGCCUGGUAGCGUCAUGCUCUUCACAACCGAAAUGGAGAACAUCGACCGUGACAUUGACUCUCAGUGUCUCUCGGGAGCAGACGAGGCGAUGGCCAACCUCGACCUCGUCGAUCUCAAUGCGGUACUCUACCGCGCUGAUGGCGAGGAGAAGGAUGUCACAGAGGGAGGUGAUGGUGUCUACACCAUUCCGAACAGCGACGCUCUCGUCUACUGUGGUCUCGAAGGUUGGAUGGCUAUGCUGCGUCCCAUUAUCCAAUCGAACGACCUCGGCCAUCCUCUCUGCGCUCAUCUUCGUGAUGGCACAUGGGCUCUCGACUACGUGCACGAAAGGCUCGUCAAGCAGACCAACGUUCUGCCUCGAUUGGCCGAGCCGGCCAAGUGGUUGUCGCAGCGCUUCGACCUCAUCAGGGACACUGCCCCGAACUUCAUGCGUCCCAAGUACUUUGCUCUGGUCAUGAAGGCGGCCUACGACGCUGCCGUUCGAAAGGCUCUGUCGCGAAUGUCACCUAUCAUCAAGGACGGUCACGACUUCAUCAAGGCGCUUGCCCUCUGCUCUGUGCAGAUGAACGGCGUGGUAAAGUCGGCUUCGUUGUGGCCAGACAAGCAGGUAGCUUCCAUGGCCGCAGGUUUGCCCUUCUUUGCUGCCUCUUGGGCCAGAUUGUGGGGUCGCGAUGUCUUCAUUUCCCUCCGUGGUCUCUACCUGGUCACUGGAAUGUUUGAGCAUGCGAGAGAGCACAUCCUGUCUUUCGGCUCGACGCUGAAGCAUGGCAUGAUUCCCAAUCUGCUCGAUUCUGGCAAGACGCCCCGAUACAAUUGCCGAGAUGGCCCUUGGUUCUUUGCUCAAAAUGUGCAAGACUACACCAAGAUGGUGCCGAACGGUGAAGCCAUCUUGAGCGAGAAGGUCGCCCGUCGCUUCCCACUCGACGACGAAUGGGUCCCAUGGGACGAUCCCAAGGCCUAUGCCCACAAGAGUUCUGUAGCUGAGCUCAUCCAGGAAAUCUUGCAACGUCAUGCGUCAGGCAUUCACUUCCGCGAGUACAAUGCUGGACCAGCUAUCGACAACGACAUGCACACGGAGGGAUUCAACAUCGAUGUCGACGUCGACUGGGAGAGCGGUAUUAUCUUUGGAGGCAACGAGCACAAUUGCGGAACGUGGCAGGACAAGAAUGGAUCUUCCUCGAAGGCCGGCAAUAAAGGUGUUCCAGGUUCUCCUCGUAACGGAGCUGCCAUCGAGAUCACUGCACUGCUGAAGAGCACCCUCUCUUGGGUCGCCGAUUUGCAAAAGAAGGGAGUUUGGAAGGAGGCCAAGGGCGUGGAGGCGACUGUCAAGGGGCAAAAGAAGCUCGUUACUUACGAGGAAUGGGCCGAACUGUUGCAAAAGUCGUUCGAGCACGCCUACUACAUUCCAGUCGAUGCCAGCGAAGAUGGCUUGUACGACGUCGACACUAAGCUCGUCAACCGUCGCGGAAUCUACAAGGACGUCUACGGCUCGUCCAAGGGUCGCGAAUGGGCCGACUAUCAGUUCCGCUCCAACUUCCCCAUCGCCAUGUGCGUUGCACCUGAGCUGUUCAAGCCCGAGCACGCCAUGAACGCUCUCAACAAGGCUCGCGAAGUUCUCGUCGGACCUCUCGGUAUGAAAACGCUCGAUGCGUCUGACUGGAACUACCGUCCAAACUACAACCAGCUCGACACGGACGAUCCUGCCACUUCGUGCGGAUGGAACUACCACAACGGACCCGAGUGGGUCUGGCUGCGCGGAUACUAUCUGCGCGCUGUGGCCAUCUUUGGCGCAAAGGCAGGUGUCGAGCGCUCGGUGCUCAACCACCGCAUCAACAGCAUGAUGCUCGAGCACCGAAAACACAUCCGCACCUCGCCUUGGGCCGGUCUUCCCGAGCUCACCAACGCUGACGGCGCCCACUGCUCGGACUCCUGCGCAACUCAGGCGUGGAGUGCAGCGGCGCUGCUCGAUGCCUUGGAGGAGAUGGCCAAGUAA